GAUUAUUUCUCCAGCUCGGGAGGAGAGAGUCAUUCGUUUGGGAUUGUGGGAGAGAGAGAGAAAUAGAGACGCGGAGAAGGAAAAGAAAAGGGAGGAAGAGGGAGAGAAGCAGACAAGGACAGACACCUCGUCAGGCGUGUAGUUUGAAUCCCUUCCUUGCCUCCCCCUUCCCCUCCGCGAUGUUACAAAGGCUGUGAGCUGCUCGGCUUUUCCCAUUCGCCUGCUGUCACUUCCUUCCUGGACGCUCUCGGGACGAGUCCGGUUACUUUUAAUCCGACCAGCAGCUCAGCCACUUUCUCCUCCUCCACGCUGCACACACGCACACACGCGCGCACACGCACACGCGCACACACACACACACACACACCCCAGACGUCUUCUGGCUGCUUAUUGGAUUGACUUUGAAGGUUGUGUGUGUGAUUCAAGGAGGCUGCAUGUUGAACCAGGUGGCGAAUAUUUAAGGCUGGAAGAAGUAAGGGGAUUUUUGCUUUUUCCUAUGAAAGGAAAAUAUCUCCAGGACUAGUCUGAUCACCCAAACAGCUAAAUGUUUAUCAUUUCACCAAAUGCUAUGACCUUGCAGUGCUUGCACCCUGGCUUUUCAGACUAAGGAAACAAUCCAGUUUGAGGGAAACGCUCUUGAACUUCAUUGAAUCAUAGGCUCUUCAGUUCUUGAGUUUAGGUAAUGGAUGCUUGCAACUGUUUAACUUUGUGCAUCUUUCCUGUGAGUACUUAAGUUUGAGAUGGAGAGACCCCUUGCAUCGAUGUGGGAACUUAAGUCAUAGGCAACGAACCUCUUUGGGAAUAGUAUGUUUUAGUCUUUACAUAGUACUUUCAGUAAUCCUUAUAUUUUUGAAUACAAGAGGGUCACAAAACUAGCUAUGUUAGUUGAUGUACAGUUACUUAUAGGCUAAGAUAAAGUUUAAUGUAAAUGAGAGACUUGUAAGACUGUUGGUGCGUUAUGUAACUGUAAUACUUAGCAUUUUCCAUGAAACUUAGUGUGACCUUCUGUCAGCCUGAAAAGCAAAACAAGUAUAAACUAAUCAUUACUUUUUUCAAGGAAAAAAAAAAUCCAAACAAAACUUAAUGAAUUAUUGUGGGAACCUAAGCAUUGUCUGUUAUAGAAGAGUUAGAAGAGUUCUAUUUUCUUUAUUGUUUGUAAUUAUUAUUAUUAGCAAAUACCUGUAUCCUAAAAUCAAAUAGUGUUAUACACAACUUAAGAAAAAAGAUUUAAGAGAAUUAGCAGAGAAAUACACUUUGCCUAUGUUUUACUGGUGAUCAGAAAAUAAUUGUCUUGACACAGAAUGCAUUUUCCUAGCACAUAUGCGACGAUGAGCUUAAUGGCAAAUGUCCUAGUUUCAUAUUUUUACUUUAAAAGAACUACAAGACGGAUGAUAAACCAAAUAUUUUAGAUGCAAAUGUGACUAGUUUUCUUUUUUACUGGCAUUUUCCAGGGUAUUGUGGUUGAAAACUGGUGUUAAUAUAGAGUAUAAUAACUCUGAUCCCUAGAGGCUUGGCAGGGCAUGGAAAUAAAACCACCUGUGAACCGGUUUUAACCUCUGUAUUACACACUGACUUCCAGUUCAAACACUAAGGCAAUUGGCCACUUUGGGAUUCGUUAUUUCGUAAACUAUUUUUGUUGCAUGAUUUUAGGACCCUAACCCCAAGUCAGAAAAAAAUAAUCACAAGAGUUUCUGCCCUUACCAAUUUUAUUAAAACCCCUAUUAUAUUAUUCUUUCUAUAUAAAUGAAUACAUAGUUCAUAUUGGGUCUAAUACUGAAGUCUCUGCUAAUUCCUAAGUCCCUUUGGAAGUAAUGGAAAAUUUCUUUGGGGACGAAUUUGAGUGAAUGGCACUUAAUUUGGGGUUUCCAUGUUCCUCAUAGUACACAUCCUUUUAGUUUAAAAACUUGUUUUUAUAUAUAUUUACUGAUAUACCUUACAUAGCUAGUAUCAGAAGCUAAUUUGGGGACCUGACUAUGAAAACCUUUCCUGCAAAAAGUACUUAACACAGCUUGUCCCACUGAUGAUGCUGAAACAACUCGUGUGAAAAUGAAGAAGUCACAUAAAAAAUAAUUUGCAGGGUCAGGUCCCUAAAAUACUUAAAACUCUUGCCUGUCCCAUAGCUCUCUUUGGAAAAAGGUGAAAAGAAUGCCACUUUUGAUGUCCUAUAAAUGAAUCUGGGAAUCAGAUAUGUUUGUAUCCUCUUAAGUUUACUUGACCAAGAAAAAAAGAAACUUAGUCUUAAGAGCCUUAUAGAAACUGCUUUUAAAUGAUGUGUGUGAGAUUAAAUAUUUUAGAAUUAUGUUUCUCAGCUUCUAAUAUUGGAGUGUCAAAAGAAAAUUCACAUGAAUACUUUCCUACUGUGAAUUUUCUUUAAUGACAGGGUCAGAAAAAUGUUCUUGAAAUUUUAAAUUUUUUUAAUACCUCUCUUUAUUUGUAUGCCUGCAACAUGUAUAUUUAAAAAAACAGAUACAGAUACUUAUCUUAAACAGCUGUGCUUUCUAAGACAUCUAAAGCAUUGCAGACAAAGAAAAUGAAGCUUUCUUAAGCUUUUUCCAAAAGUUUACCUCUGAAAGAUUUUGAUAACUCAUUAUUUAGUAGAUAAAUGUAUCUUUAUAGAAGCUUAGGAAUUAAACAACAGUUAUGAAUUGAAUACUUCUGCCAUCUUCAUUUAUUUUAAUUUUACUUUUCUCAGUCGCAGGUUAAUUUCUUGUUCAGCAAAAUAGUUCAGUUCAUCUUCAGAGACAGCUAAGUAGUAUUUCUACAUCUCAUUGAGCUAGCAGUCAUGAGCAAGUAUUAGGUGUUUGAAAGAACAAGCUUUUUUUUUUUUUUUUUUUGAUAUGUAUACUCCAUUUUUACCUGUUGGACAUCAUUAUUCUAAAUUACACACAUUAUCCAAAAAUCAUAUAUAAUGUGAUGGUGUUCUUUUGAAAACACAGAUUAUAAAGAUGAGCAUAUAUAGAUGUUGUAUAAUUUCAAGUUUAUACUCUCUCCCUCAGCAUUUUGAAGAAUAAGCAAAGCAGUUAUAUUUGUGAUGUAUUUUGAGCUUUUAAAAUCUUGCUAUUUGAUUUCAACAGGGAAAUUUUUCUAUGCCCAUACUUAGGCUCUGUAGCAACUUAGACAUAAUAUGCAAAAAAUUAUCUGUGUAAUUGCAAACAGCUAGAAGACUUUAGCCUUAAGAGUAAGGAUAGUAUGCUGGUAUUUGAAAAGUCUUAAAAUACAGUUUUGCAUCUUAUUUCAGAAGCAAAACAGGCUUAGAAGAACAAUUCAGGUUUCUUGCACUGGUUGUGCAAAAGAAAAACUGUAAAAAAAAAUCCUGAUUUUCUGUUUUCCUUAAGUAUAGGAAUUGUUUUGGUCUUGUGUCCAGCUUUAAGGUAAUUUUCUCAGAACUGGUGCUCAAUGUUACAUGUGGACAGGUGAUUAAAAGCUACCGUCUUUAGUCCUCCACCUUAAUCUCACCCUCUCAUUGACUGCAGUUCAGUAGAGCUUGUCUAUUCACUGGGAUCUGUCAUCUUUAGGAAAUCAGACCAGCUUAUAGAGGCGAUUCACAAAACCAACAGUGACAACAAAGUCUUAUGUGCCUUACAAAAGAAGGAUUAGGCAGUUCACAUGUCAUUUUGGUUGGGCAGAGAUAAAGGCUGAUUGCUGCAGCAUGGCAAGACACACUUCAAUUUCAAUUGAUUAUUCUAUAAGACAACUAUAACUCUCUUGCUUAGUCAUUGUUAAUGCAAUUUGAAGGAAGGAAAAUUCAGUUUUGACCUUACUGGUUUUAUAUUACUUGAUCCUAAAAGGUAUAGCCACUUGUGGCAUUGUUACACGAAAUUUUAAAAGCGCUAUUUAUUCACUGCUCUGAGGAAAUACAAUGUAGGAGAUGAUUGUCCUGGGAUUUUUAAAAUCAUUUUUGCCUAGAUGAUAUCUUGAAAUAGCAAUUAAAAGUUCUUAAAGUGCCUGGGACUACACUAAAUUCACAGCAUUUACCCUAUUAAGAGCUUACAUGCAGAGGAGAGUACGUACAAGAUGUCAGUUCUUUGCAGAUUUACCAAAAAGUAUAAUAUUGAGGAACAUACAAGAACGGAUGCAGGGGACUGUGAACUGAGUAGUGCAAGUGCUGAAGAAGGAGGCUUGUUUUGAGGAAACGGGAAAGAGGAAGAAAAGAGAAGGGAAAAAUACGUAAUUUUAAGGAAGAAGGAGAGAAAAAAAAACGGGGACUAUGGGGAGAAAAAAGAUUCAGAUUACAAGGAUUAUGGAUGAACGUAACAGACAGGUGACAUUUACAAAGAGGAAAUUUGGGUUAAUGAAGAAGGCUUAUGAGCUGAGUGUUCUGUGUGACUGUGAGAUUGCUCUGAUCAUAUUCAACAGCACCAACAAACUGUUCCAGUAUGCCAGCACCGAUAUGGACAAAGUGCUGCUGAAAUAUACCGAGUAUAAUGAGCCGCAUGAGAGUCGAACGAAUUCAGAUAUUGUUGAGACAUUGAGAAAGAAAGGACUUAAUGGCUGUGACAGUCCAGACCCCGAUGCAGACGAUUCAGUAGGUCACAGCCCUGAGUCUGAGGACAAGUACAGGAAAAUUAAUGAAGAUAUUGAUCUAAUGAUCAGCAGACAAAGAUUGUGUGCUGUUCCACCACCAAACUUUGAGAUGCCAGUUUCUAUCCCAGUGUCCAACCACAACAGCUUGGUGUACAGUAACCCAGUCAGCUCACUGGGGAACCCCAACCUUUUGCCGCUGGCUCAUCCUUCUUUGCAAAGAAAUAGCAUGUCUCCUGGCGUGACACAUCGGCCUCCGAGUGCAGGUAACACAGGUGGCCUGAUGGGUGGGGACCUUACUACCGGUGCAGGCACCAGUGCAGGAAAUGGGUAUGGCAACCCCCGCAACUCACCAGGUCUGCUGGUCUCACCUGGCAACUUGAACAAGAAUAUGCAAACAAAAUCUCCGCCUCCAAUGAAUUUGGGAAUGAACAACCGUAAACCAGAUCUCCGAGUGCUUAUUCCACCUGGCAGCAAGAAUACAAUGCCAUCAGUGAAUCAGAGGAUAAAUAACUCCCAGUCUGCUCAGUCAUUGGCUACUCCAGUGGUUUCCGUAGCAACUCCUACUCUACCAGGGCAAGGGAUGGGAGGAUACCCAUCAGCCAUCUCAACAACAUAUGGUACUGAAUAUUCUCUGAGUAGUGCAGAUAUAUCAUCUCUCUCUGGAUUUAAUACAGCCAGUGCUCUUCAUCUUGGUUCUGUGACUGGCUGGCAACAGCAACACCUACAUAACAUGCCGCCAUCUGCCCUCAGUCAGUUGGGAGCUUGCACUAGCACUCAUUUAUCUCAGAGUACAAAUCUCUCCCUGCCUUCUACUCAAAGCCUCAACAUCAAGUCAGAACCUGUUUCUCCUCCUAGAGACCGUACCACCACACCCUCGAGAUACCCACAGCACACGCGCCAUGAGGCGGGGAGAUCUCCCGUUGACAGCUUGAGCAGCUGCAGCAGUUCCUACGACGGGAGCGACCGUGAAGACCACCGGAACGAAUUCCACUCCCCCAUUGGACUCACCAGACCUUCGCCGGACGAAAGGGAAAGUCCCUCUGUCAAGCGCAUGCGGCUCUCUGAAGGAUGGGCGACAUGAUAACGUUAUUACCUAUUAGGUUUUCUUUUCUUCUUUUUUUUUUUUUUCUUGCAGUGUGUGUGUGCUAUACCUUACUGGGGGGGGGGGGGGGGGGGGGUCGAUAUGCAUUAUAUGUGCUGUGUGUGGAAAAAAAACAAACAAACAAAAAAAAAGUCAGGUACUCUGUUUUGUAAAAGUACUUUUAAAUUGCCUCAGUGAUACAGUAUAAGGAUAAACAGAAAUGCUGAGAUAAGCUUAGCACUUGAGCUGUACAACAGAACACUUGUACAAAAUAGAUUUUAAGGCUAACUUCUUCUCACUGUUGUGCUCCCUUGCAAAAUGUAUGUUACAAUAGAUAGUGUCAUGUUGCAGGUUCAACGUUAUUUACAUGUAAAUAGACAAAAGGAAAACGUCUGCCAGCAAUGGCAGGCCUUUACUGAGAGAGAAAGCAGCUGUUAUGCAACAUAUAGAAAAUGUACAGAUGUUUUGACAGACCCAGCAGUUGGGUGGCCGUGAAUCCAUGCUGGAAAAAGACUGGGUCACCUAACGCACCGAAAAUGCUCGGAAACAUUCAAGCAUAUCUUUGGAGUAUGGCACUCAGUUUAAGAAGGAUCAAAGCAUUUACAGAGGACCAUACUUGUAAAAAAAAAAAAAAAGAAAAAGAAAAAAAAAAUAAAGUUGAGUUUGAGGGCUAACAUAUUUAAUUUUAACAAAUUCUGGGUCUGCAUCACUUAUUAAAUAAAAAAAAUAUAAAAAUAUGUACAUUACAUUUUGCUUAUUUUCAUAUUAAAAAGUAAGACAGAGUUUGCAAAGCAUUUGUGGCUUUUGUAGUUUCCUUAAGCCAAAAUGUGUUCUUUUUUCCUUGAUAGCUUCGCUAAUCUUUUAAACAGUCCUGAAGAAAACAGAGGACUUUUUGUAUAGAAAGCACUACCCUAAGCCAUGAAGAACUCCAUGCUUUGCUAACCAAGAUAACUGUUUUCUCUUUGCAGAAGUUUUGUUUUUGAAAUGUGUAUUUCUAAUUAUAUAAAAUAUUAAGAAUCUUUUAAAAAAAAAUCUGUGAAAUUAACAUGCUUGUGUAUAGCUUUCUAAUAUAUAUAAUAAUUAUGGUAAUAGCAAAAGUUUUUGUUAUCUUAAUAGUGGGGAAUUAUAUUUGUGCAGUUGCACAUUUAACUAUUUUCUUUCAGUUUUAUUUUACUGGGCAUACAUUUUACAGAUCGAAGUCAGCUGUUGAGAGACUGAUCUGUAAAAAGUUUGAAUUUACCCAUGGUGUAACAACUUAAAGUCAUUUUAAUACAACAUUUUACAAUCAGUUGAGUGAACUGCAAUUCAUUGUAUAUACUGAUUAGUUCUUUCAUGCUGUUUUGUGCAUUGUAACAAGUUGAGGGCCCUUCUACUACUUCACGUCCUGCGUAUCUUGUAGAUUCCUGUGGGGUAAAUGACAAAGCGGCAUCGCUUGGCCCUUCCUCACAAGCGAGGCUGGUAUUCUGCCUGUUAGAAUCGGACGUACAGCUCUAGCGGCUGCCAGUUACCUGAGUGCAGGUGAACAUUUCCAGGAGCAGUAGGGAGAGCAGCGGGCGAGGAAUUGGCUCGGCGGUCCCACCUGUUGCAAAGGUGACUCCCCUGUCUCUCAGAUUUAAAGCUUUCAGAGAGACCGCCAAUUACAGGACUGGUUUGCAGUGCAUGACUGAUGCUGGCGGCCAGGCCGCUGUGGUUUUCACGGACCUCUGCAGUCACGUUGUCUCACAGCGGGGAUGUUGCUGAACAGCGCUGCCCAUGCAUUUACGCCCUAGAACAAUUUGCUUCGGCAUACGACGCCCUCCUUUUCUCCUGCCUCAUAUCGUUUCUUCGACUAAAACAGCUUGACCAGAAGGGAAGUAUCGUUUUUUUUUUUAGUUCCUCUCUUUCCCUCUUGCUUAUUAGAAGAAAACCGGUUGUUCACAUGUUUCAGUUUAACCUUUCUGUUGGAGGGAAACUGUGUUCGAGCAACAUGUUAGUGCCAUAGUAGGACUGUAAUCAUUCUCUUCUUUCCGAGAGCUGUUCGGCUCUCGCUCACGUACCUUGAGACUCUGAUGAAGGACACAGAUAUGCUGCAACAGCUAAAUAUCAGCACAGAGCAUUGUCUUAAGGGAAACCCACACUCUGUUUCCCUUCUAAACAUGCAGUUGCUGCGCACUGCUCAAUGGUAGAGUCUACCUCCCUGUAGCAGCAGAUGACUAACAGACUGCACCGUGCUUUAGGACAUACGCUUUUCACUUACCGUGACUUACAGAAGCCUGCCUUACAGGCACUUUCAGCCGUGCAGGGGCUAGUGCAUUAUCUGGAAACUAUUUAAGCAGAAUACUGUGCUAAUAAUGCAUCCACCUUAUCUCGCGUAGCGAUAUGCAGGGUAAAAGAAAAAGAUACGCAUGUUAAAUAAAAUAAAAAAUAAAUAAAAAAAAAUCGGGAGGGAAAAUGGGGCCCAUAAUUAAUUUUAAAACACAAAACUGUUUUUCAAAACCACUUUCUUCACCUUCAGAUGAAUCUAUACUCAUAUUCUCUUAUGAGAAUUUUAAACUUUGGUGUGUCAAAAAUAUGCAAAUAUAUCGCAAAUGUACUUUGACAUUUCAACAAGAAAUACAACUUUACCAGUAUUGUAGUAGAAACUUGUCAGUGGGGAAGGGGAUUUGGUCUAUUGAAAUAUGAAGAAUAGCCAUAUAAAUAGUUUACCUUGCGAUUUGCCUCAGCAACGCAUGAAAAAGAAAAGAUAACAUAUUUAAGGAAGAUGCAGUGUAAUAUAUUACUGCAAGUAACUAAGCGGAAAGUAGCGUGAAACGUAUCGCCUGGGCACUGUAUAUUAAUUCUGACAGUGAUUUUUAUAUAAACACAAAUAGAAUAGAAUCACGUGAAAAUUAACGCCAGUCAUCCCUCUUUUUCCUGCUAAUGAGGGCAACUAACAUGUACUGGCGAAAUUGUGGGGGAUAAUGCAUAUUUGCAAACUGAUCUAAUGAUAAGAAGCACAACUUUGAUUGUGAAGUCACUUUCUGUAAACUAUAACUGUCUACCUUUCUCUGUUCCUUUAUCUGUACCUUACCAUUUAUUGUAUUUGCAAAGCUUAUUUGGGUUUAUUGUGUGAUUCCUUUGUAUUUAAGGAGUUUGGGGCAGAGCCCUGAAAGAGUAUUAACAUUUACUUUACCUUAACCCAUGCUAUAUAAUGUUUUAGGCAACAUUCUUAAUUGCAAGUUCAAACACCUGAAGUGGCAUUCUAGACAUCUACAAAUACCGUUAUAGCUAAGUUAACCUCUAUUAAAAGGUGUUGUUGUUUAAUGUUUAAUUGCUGGUGACAAUUAUAUGGUAUACCCAACCUGCACAAUCUGUAUAUUGUAUGCAUUGAGCCAUUCACAGUAAAGCUUUUAUCAUUUCAGUGUUUUUCAAAAGUUGUGUUUUAUAACAAAAUGGCUUAUAUUUUUCCUGGAAGAGGAAUUUAGCAGUUUUUAAUGAAUAAUAUAAAAAUAUCUGUUGUCCUCAGAUCUUUUUCAGGUAAAGCUAACAUAAGAAUAAAAGAACUCAUAGACUGUUUUCAAGGAUGUCAACCCUUUUGUAUUGUAUGUGUUAUUCUAUAUACCCUCUUUUAUCUAUAGUCCUAACAGAGCUGUUUUGUUUUCAUUUUUUCCUUCGCCUUGAAGGUAAAUGCUUUGUAAUUUUUUAAAAGCCACUUGAAACCUCAAUAAAGGCUGUUGCCUAAGCAUGGCAUACUUCAUCUGUUCCUGUUUGUGCCAUCUGCUGUGAUGUCGUCAGUUAUAUGGCAUUAAUUUCCUGCCACUACAGGUCUCUUGAAGGACUGAUGGAACAUUGGUGUCUGUUAGAAUGCUUCAGACUGUAGAUGUAAUAAAAGGCUUUUGUUAAUAUAUUUUAACCAAAGAUGUGGAGCAAUCCAAGCUUUGAGCCACAGACCUUCUGCAUCAAAAGGAUCCAUUUGAUUAUUUUCAUAAUCAGGUGUUGCAUUUUUACCUUCCCUGCUCAUACCUCAGACUGAUCCGUACCUCAGUUUGAAUCAAAAAGGUCCGUUUAGUAACUCAUUAAAAAUAAAAUAAAAUAAAAUAAAAUAAAAUAAAAUAAAAUAAAUAAAAUAAAAUAAAAUAAAAUAAAAUAAAAUAAAAAUUUGCAGUACCAGAGUCUUUUGUGAAGUAACUAAUGUCAGACCUGGGUUACCGCAGGCAUUACACUUGGAUUGCUUCAGAUGGUUUGUUGUAUCCUUUUUUUUUCUUUUUUUUUUUUUUCUUCUCUUUCAUGGGGAUCUGCUUCCAUAAAACAAUGGUGAUAACAAAAUAGCUUGUAAAUGGGAGCAUACAAGCAUUUGCAACAAAUAUUAAAGUAGAGGCUCACAGCGGCAUAAGCUGGACUUUGUCGCCACUAGAUGACAAGAUGUUAUAACUAAGUUAAACCACAUCUGUGUAUCUCAAGGGACUUAAUUCAGCUGUCUGUAGUGAACAAAAAUGGAAAAAUUUCAAAAGACUCUCCUGCUGGAAAUAAGGUAUAAUUUGUAUUUUGCAGACAAAUCAGUAAAGUUACUGGCUUUCUUAGUGA